GGCCGAGUGCUUGGCCACGGCGGAUCCUUGGCCUGCGAACCGCAAGGCAGAGUGGUGGGAAGCCAUCACGCAGAAUUUGGACUUUGUCCUGGACGCAAUGGGCGUGGCGUUCUGAAUGCAGACUAGGUUGUUACAUUGAUCAAGCAAUGCAGCGAGCUGUGUAGUGGCCUGGCGCACAGACGCCGCUCAGAGACAUCAGUACAGGAGAUGGUCAAGGGAUUCUUUCAGCGGAGACAAUGCAACAUGUAAAGUCAGUAGCAUUCGCAUUGCUGCUUCACCGCGUGCCUUCCGAAGUCCACAACUCAACCCGCGGGGAAGAAUCCCUCCUGACAAAACGGACAGUCUUGAUGUUCGCAGUGCCACAAUGUCCGUCUCGCCCGCGCCUGCUUGUCUGCUGGACGAUCGGUGCGACUCGUCGGCGAGUGCGACCCGAUCCACACCAUCUCCACACCCAUCACUCACAGACCCCACCACACCGACAUCACCCUGCCACACUGCCGCCACAUUUGCCACCUAUUUUCACGCGCGCGUCAAAAAUUACGGCAUGCCUUAAAAUCCACCUGGAUAUCACCCAUCUUGGAACUUUGUGGCGAUCUAGUUCGUUCGUUUCUGAUUCGAUUGACUUCGUUCUUGUUUCUACAGAUGCAGGAGAGCUUCAGGUAUCGUUAGAACAGCAAAAAGAGCGAAUCCGCUGAGGGAUUUGAACCCCCGAUCGCUUGAUUAACAGAUUUGAUCGCUAAUGUGACGAAAACAAGACCUCGAAGUCAAGCGCCUUACCCCUGGGCCAAGCGGACUAUUU